AUGUCCCUUCUCGCCCGUGUUCUCCGUCUCAACACCUCCCAUCGCCUUCUGAAUUCCACGUCAUCGGUUUCAUUCUCCCAGAAAUACCGUGCCGAUGACGUCACUCCUCAACCACUUCAGUUGCUCUCGGAGACUGAAAAUUCAUUCGUCGAAACUGUUCGACGUUUCGCUGGGAAUGUGAUUCAACCGUUGGUUCGGGAGAUGGAUAGAAAGGGGGAAAUGGAUGAUAGAGUGCUGAAAGGAUGCUUUGAUAAUGGGCUAAUGGGUAUCGAAGUCCCUGAAAAGUACGGUGGCUCCGGUUCGAAAUUCUUCGAUGCCGUCCUCGUGAUUGAAGAAAUCUCGAAGGUUGAUGCAUCUGUGGCAGCUCUCGUCGAUGUACACAUCACACUCUUCGUUCCCCUCAUCAUUGAACUCGGAACGGAAGAACAAAAACAGAAAUAUCUUCCGAGAAGUGUCACUGAAGCAGUUGGGUCAUUUGCUCUCUCUGAAGUCAGUUCAGGUACAGAUGCAUUCGCUUUGAAGACAACUGCGAAGAAAGAUGGAGAUGAUUAUAUUAUUAAUGGAUCGAAAAUGUGGAUAACGAAUUCAGAACAUUCGGAGGCUUUCUUGCUAUUUGCAAAUGCCGAUCCGGAAGACAAACUUGGAAUCCGCGCGUCUUCCACUUGCCCCAUUCAUUUCGACAACGUUCGUGUCCCCAAGUCAGCGAUUUUGGGAGAAUACGGAAAAGGUUACAAAUACGCAAUCGAGUGUCUCAACGGAAUGCAACACCAAAUCGCUCAAAUCCGUACUGAAAUCGAGGCCGCCCGUCUCUUGGUAUACAACGCUGCUCGUAUGAAGGAGAACGGUCUUCCAUUCGUUCGUGAGGCGGCUAUGGCGAAACUUUUCGCCUCUCAGGUCGCCACCAACACCACCUCAAAAUGUGUCGAAUGGCUGGGAGGUGUCGGUUUCACUAAAGAAUUCCCAGUGGAGAAAUAUUAUCGUGACUGUAAAAUUGGAACAAUUUACGAGGGGACAUCCAAUAUUCAACUGAAUACAAUUGCUAAACUUAUCGAUUUGGAAUUCAAAAAUAAGGCUUAG